AUAUUUAAAUGUACUGUUAACUUACAUGAUUUAAGUCAAUAUCUAUGAGGCAUUUAAGGUAGUUUGUAAAUGCAUAUGUCCAGCAUCAAGGAGGGACAUGAUUUCAACCACGCUGAAUGUUCAUUUAUGACAACAGAAAACAGCGAGCUAGCUAGAUUGCUAUUUAGCAGCCCCAUCGAAGCAUUUGUGCGGCCAUCACUUUAGCUAUGUGCUAAAUGUUUGUCUUCAAGAUAGCUAUUGUGGACAUUUACAAGUCAUGCUUUCUGAAGCAGCAUCACAGCUAUGCAAAGCGUUGAGCAAUGAGGAUCCAAGGUCUGUGCAGUCACUGUUGUACCAGGGAGCCAAUCCUAACUUCAUUCUUGAAAAGGGUGUUGCGGCCGUACACUUAGCUGUAGGUAAGGAGUCCGAGAAGGGUAUACGCUGCCUGAAGCUUAUUUUACAACAUGGCGCUGACCCAAAUCUCAGGUCAUCAGAAGAGCUCACCCCCCUCCAUAUCGCUGCUCUGUGGGGGUGUUAUCAGAAUCUCAAAUUACUACUGAAAAAUGGUGGCAAUCCAAAUCUUAAAGACCAGGAUGGCAACAAAGCUGGUGAUUUGGCCGAACAACAGGACAACCGCAGAUGUGCUUUGCUUCUCUCUGAACACGAGUCCCAGGCAGCACAAGCUGAGGUUGAGGACUUUCCCAAGUUCCAAUACUCCGUUUACUCAGGCCAAGCUGGUAGAGACCGCUCCUACUGUUCUGCAGUAGACGAAUACAGCAUCACUUCUCAUGGAAUGUCCAUGCUGAGUGACUUCGGCGAGGAGGCUUUAAGCAGCACACGCAGGUCCUCAUCUCUCAACUUCUCAGGAGUAAGUGGCAGGCCAAGCUGUCGAGGGGCCAAUCGGCUGGAGCUUUCUGAAGUCUCUGAACUUAGUGGUCCUCAAGAUUCGGUUUGGGAUUUUGAGCCGCCGCCCGUCCUCUCCAGCACUCGCGUGUCUUUUGCGGGGAUCAGGGAUCACUCGGUCCUGCCGGUUCUUCAGGAAGAUGUAGCGUUCACUGACCGCAGAACUUUACACUAUGAACAUGUGGGUCAUAGGGCCACUGACGCCCUCCCCCCUCCACAUCCUUCAGCUGGGUCCUCAAGACGUGACAGCCGCAAAAGCGUCAGCUUCAAAGACGUGGACGAAUACUUUCCCGUGUUUGAUGCCGAAUCUCCAAGACAACGCCCCACACAAGAGAGUUCAGAGUCUUGUGAUUCUACCGUUGACUUCUCCGACUAUUCUGAAUUCUUCAAUUCAGAGCGAAUGGCUACUGUGUUGCAUCAUCAGGGCAUUGAUGUCACAUCCCCUGAUCAUGUUUUUGUGUUUUACCGUGAUGAUGCCAGCACAGAUUUUGAAAAGACUGUCCUGGGAUGUUGGCCAACUGAACAAGAGACUCAAAAUGCAGUGUUCACUGACAGUGAUCCAAAGAGUCAAGCCCAUCCUCCAUCUAGUUCAGGGGGCAGCAGCAGUGAGAACAGUCAGUACAGUAGCUGUGACAGUGAGGAAUACAAAAGCGCUAUUGGGGUUUCGCUAUUCCAGAAGGAUGGGUCAUCAGUGGAAGACGUCUGUGGAAGCACUGAGGAAGAGAAAUGUAGUCUAAAGUGUACUGCUACCGAACUACAGUCUGAGAGGGUGUCUCUACAUAAUGGUGCAGAUUGUUUUCAACCAAAAACACCUAGUAACAGGCAAGCAGGGUUGGACGUCCCAAAGUCAGAAACGGACUCUAGACAGGUUAGACACGGUGCCUGUGUCGGUGCAGAGUCUACAGCCCCAGUGGCAGAGAUUACAGAAAUGAUGAGUAAUCUCCCGUUUGGGAGAAAGAUGUCAAAGUGUGAGUUGUUUUCACCAAGAGGAAAAGAGCUUCAAAGUGGGGAUUGUGACAUGGUCGCGAGUCCUUUUGUGACUGGCAGGACGCGCUCGAGGCUAAGCCGCUGCUCGCAGCGAACCAGCCAGAGUUCAUCCUCACUGUCAUCCUUGUCUCUUUUUGAAGUGUCCUUGCCAACACCAACUCGCAUGUGUCGCCCAACAAGAUCACAGGACAGUCCUGCAGACCUGAAGCACACAGUAGGAGAUGUUUACUGUGCCUCGCCCUUCCCAGGGGGCAGGUAUGGUGGGACCUUGAACUCUGGCUAUUCACAAUCUCAAACAGAGACUCUGAGGGCUGAUCAGUAUUCUGCUUCAUAUGACGGACUUAGCCAAGCAGAUACAGUAAUCCUUUCAGACAGUAUGGCCGAUACUUUUAUCCUAGCGAAAACAACCAGUGAGAAGGUUACACCCCACCCGUUUGGGAUCACCAAGGGUGAUGCAUUAGCAGCUGAUCUUGGAAAGGAGGAAGUUGCUAAUGGUGAUGAGUUUAUCACUGAUGAUCUCUCCAGCUCUAUUGAAAAUGGGUCUGAUUGGAGGAUGGGGAGCCUUUCUUUGUCACAGACAGCGACUCGGAAGGGUAACAAAAAGAGUGUGGAGGACUCUUGGAUCACUGAUGUGGAGUCUCAAACAUCGUCUCUGGCCAGUGUUUGCACACCACAGAAUCCCCCCGACACAUCAGGGACCGGAUGCACCCCAAGAUACAGCAUGAGUCGUUUGUCUGGCCAUUGCAGGCCCCAGUCUCUGGCCAACCUGUCUUACACCCCAGGAGGACGUCCUCAUCUAGUAGACGUGGACGAGCCUGUGGAAUACCUCUACACGGACGAAGAGGAGGGCCAUGAGCUGAUUGAGACCCACGUGCCACCCACAGCUAACACCUCCAUCAGCUCCAACAUCAGCAGCACCACUUGUGAUGAGACGGUGCUUUACGACUGGCGCUCCUACAAGAUGAGCCCUAGCAAAGGAAAGGAAAAUGUCGAGCCUGAUGAUGACAAGGAAUUCAAAGGUUUGACAGACAAGGUUUUGAGAAAGAAGCUGGUUGAGCUGGGAGAAGCCCCUGGUCCCAUAACUAACCGGACCCGACCUGUGUACAUUGAGAGGCUUCGUCGCCUUCAGCAAGAAACAACCAGUCAACCACAGUCCGUCCAGUGCAACACUGAUUUUAGUCCUGAGCUCAGAAGGGCUUUGCACACAUUUAUUUUACCCAACAGCAAAUUUGAUGAGCAUAUCCUCUGUGAGCAAUUUGACCGACCUGACCAGAACAAGAAGUGGCGUGAAGGUGUCAUUAAGUCCAGCUUUAAUUACUUGCUCCUUGAUCCCAGAGUAACAAAUAACCUACCCUUUCGGAGUCAAAGCAUGACGCCUAAAGAGUGUUUUCAGACCUUUGUCAGUGCCAUCUUCUAUGUUGGCAAGGGCAAGCGCUCUCGCCCGUACAGCCAUAUGUAUGAGGCUUUGGACUACUACAGAGGAGAUAAGACUUCUAAGAAACUCUGCUCAAAGGUGAAGCACAUUCUGGCCGUGUGGAAUGCUGAGCGAGGGGUGAUCUCCCUGCACUGCUUCCAGAAUGUAAUCCCAGUGGAAGCUUACACCCGGGAGGCUUGCAUGGUGGAUGCAAUCGGUGUGAAGAUGCUGACCAAUCAGAAGCGUGGAGACUAUUACGGGGUCGUGUCCACCUGGGCGGCGAAGCGCAAGCGGGAGCUGGGGGUGCACCUGCUCUACCGGGCCAUGCAGAUCUUUCUGGCCGAAGGGGAGCGACAGCUGAGGCCAGCGGACAUCAGGGUGGGCCACUGACCAUCCCGGAGAGGGAGCAGUGAUGGGCGGACCAGUGGUGUCAAUGGCCGGAUGAACUGCCUGACCGAGCACUAAGUGUCUGAUGCGUGUUUAAGCUGCAUUUUUUUUUUUUUUAAAGAUGGGGAAAAAUCAAUGUAACAGUAAUUUGAAAAACGGGGGUUGGCCAGUCAAAAAGCAACACUGGACACGUAAAACCAUAAGAAGUGUGUGUGUGUGUGCGUGUGCGUGUGCGUGUGUGUGCGCAAUAUAUUCAUCACACCAACUGUUAUCUCAAAACAGCUUUUUACCUGAUCUCUUAUGAGACUGAUAGAGGAGCAUCCAGAGGUCUGAGCACAAGGUGUCACUAGCAGCUUGUAGAAGAGACUGAAGCUUCUUUUUACUGAUGAAGUAGAAAAAUACAUUUCAUGAUUUUAUGUCAAAAGUUCAAGGACAUUGCUCUGCAGGCCCAGGGCUAUGCUGGAGGCGUUAUUCCCAGUUUAAAAACGACUUAAUAAAACAUGUCCAAUCGCUUUUUUAUUAAAAACAGGGACCAAUAUAUCUACGCAUAGGAUAGUUAGUUUGGGAAAACUUUGUUGCUUUUAAAUCUAAUCAUUAGAAUGUACUGUUGUCAGGUUACGAGGUAGUUAUAUGUUUCCAAAGCAGCAUUCAGUGAAUUGUAAACCUUUUUAGAACACAUGGUUUCAUGUCAGAAAAGAGCAUUAUUUUCUUAUGUCACGGGAUAUGAAAAAUGAAGUUCAGAUAGUUUUAGUUGGUGUCAGUUUGAAGGGGUGUUAUCAGGUACUUCACAAAGUUAAUUAUUUUUUUUACUUUUACACCAUAGGGAGGUGGACAGAUGCAUUUCGUUAAGACUUGUGAUCUACUAGAAAGAUUCUUUCAUGAAUUGGUGAUGUUUGUGUACAUAUAAAAAUUGCUUGCUUUGUUUUUGUUGUUGGAUACGUUCUGAUUAAGCUGUAUAGUGUACUGUGCAAGUAGGAUGUCACAUCACACAUUUCUAUGCCUUUAGUAGGCCUAGAGCAUCUUUGUGCUCUUUUUUUAAUAAAUUAAGUAAUAUUUUUUUAUAUAUGACGUAAAAUAAA